UUAAAGAGGUUUGUUUCUUGUGCAGACAUUACAGAAAUACUUAGAUUUCUGUAUCUUUUUAUCAUUCUUCUGGUUUGUAUCUCUUGCAAGCAGUAGCUGCUUCACUUCCUGAAUAGUGCACUGCAUCAUGAAACUGGAGGUCCCAGAAAGUUUUGAAGAUGUUGCUGUUGAAUUUUCAAGGGAGGAGUGGGAGAUGCUGAGUGAAAAGGAGAAGAAGCUACACCAGGAAGUGAUGGUGCAGAACUUCAAUCACAUGAUAGAUGUCGGGUACAACAUCCCAGUGGACCACCUUUGGUCAUUUAUUUUCAAAGAUAAGAUGCUUCCAUCUGAUAAUGGUGACAGAAGAAGGAAUUUGCAGCAAAAUCAGCUUCCUGGGAACAGAAUUAGCAUCAACAGGAAUGCAGAUUUCUUUGAGAUUCAGAGUCUUCAGUCAUUCCAUGAGAAAUCCCAGGAUGUUGAAUUUAACAAAGCCGUCUCAGAUAAGAUGUCACUCACAAGGGAAAAUGCAGUGCCUUCUGAAACCAGACAUAACUGUAAGGAAAGUAAUGAGAAGUUUAUCAAAAAAAGCAAACUAGAAAUGCAUCUCCAAACUCCCAUGGAAAUGGCACUUAGUCAUCUUAAUUACAACAACAGUGUAACAUUCAAUGCUAAUGAUUUAACUGAUCAAUUAAUGCCCAGUGGGAAAAGAGAAAAUAACACAGUGGCAUUACAAGAGCAGAUAUGCAGUAAAGAGAAGCUUCACAAAUGUGUCACAUGUGGCAAGAGUUUUAUAGACAGAAAGACUUUAACAGUACAUAUGAUAAUUCAUACUGAUCAGAAGCUCUACAAAUGUACCAUGUGUGACAAGAGUUUUACACAGAGGAGUAAUAUGACAUCUCAUCAAAGAAUCCACAGUGGACAGAAGCCCUACAAAUGUGCCACAUGUGGUAAGAGUUUUAGACAGAAGGGUAAUAUGUAUAGGCAUCAGCAUACACACACUGGGCAGAAACCCUAUAAAUGUACUGUGUGUGGCAAAAGUUUUAUACAGAAGGGUAACUUGGUAAAGCACCAACAUAUACACACUAGAGAGAAUACCUAUAAAUGCACCAUGUGUGACAAGAGUUUUGUACAGAAGAAACAGAUGGUAAGUCAUCAGAGUACCCACACGGUACAGGAAAACUACAAAUGUGUCACAUGUGGUAAGAGUUUUAGGCAGAAGGGUCAUAUGUAUAGGCAUCAGAAUAUACACACGGGGCAGAAGCCCUAUAAAUGUACCACAUGUGAUAAGAGUUUUACACAAAAGUACAGUAUGAAGCGUCAUCAAUGUAUCCACACUGGCCAGAAACCCCAUAAAUGUGCCAUGUGUUACAAGUCCUUCAGACAGGCAAGUACUUUGAAGAGGCAUCAGAGGAUCCACUGCAGGCAAAAAAGUAGCAAAUUUUAAUAGAGAGGAUGUGAAUUGGAAAGAAGACUGUUACUCAGGUAAAGUUAGGAAAGGAUCCCAACUGAAAAACACGAGGUGCACUCACUAUGCCUAAAGUUUGGUUCAAAGUAUUAAAAUGUUUGCAAUAUGAUUUAAUGGAGAGAAAAAAAACUACUCAUAGGUGCACCUUGAAAUGACUGACAACAGUCUGGAUAACAGUGGGGAAAACAGUCUCAUACUUAAAAAGUGAAACUGUAGAUUACCAUAAGAACUAUUAUUCAAUAACUUGUCUUUCAACAACAACAAAGUAUAAACUACAUGCAGGAAUUGAUGCAGACAGAGUAUGUAGUCAUCUAGAUAAAUAUUACAGCAUGACAUUAGAACAGAAGGGGGAUAAAAGAGAUCCCUACUGCAUUAAGGAUCAUGUUUGGCUAGACAUUACCAUAAUGGAGACUUGCAAAAAGAACAGACGGCUUAGUAUUGCAUAAAUUGCAAAAAAGCAUUUAACGGUAUUCCUCACUCAUGGAUUAUUAAAUGCUCGCAAAUGUACAAAAGUCACCACACAUCAAUGUUAUGGUGUCAUUACUAUAAAAAAGUGGCAAACUACUUUGCAGUUGAACCACAAAAAUAGGGCAAAUUACUCUCCAGGGUUUAAAAAUCCAGUAUUGAAUAUUCCAAGUUUUUUUUUUUUGUAACCAUUACUGCUUUUGUUGCCUUGCUCUAAAUUUGUUAAGCUGUUUACUUAGCCUAGGUCAUGGAUUCAGUCUGAUUGCAAGAAAGUCUUCUUUUCAAAAGACAUGUCACCUGCCUUUUGUGGAUUAUCUAAGAAUGCAUUGCUCAUCUGAUGAAUAUUUGAAAGUUUAACUACAAGUCAUUAAAAUCCUAUCAGAUAUAAUAAGAAUGUAAUUUUGGUCUCAACAAAUAUGCUUAAGCAGCAUUUAUAGCAGGAAAUAUGAAUAAUCAAGAAAGUAUAAGUCUUGUAAAGGAAUGACGUAUAAAAAUAAUGCACAAGAGGGAGUAUAUAAAUAUCUAAGAAUAGAUGACAGGGCAGCAAUACAGCAUGAACAGAUUAGAACAAAGCUUAGUAAGGAAAUGUUUUAGAUGACUGAAAGUGAUACUGAAAACUGAUUUGAUGUCUAGGAAUAAGGUUCAAGUUAUAAAUCCACCUGCACUUCCUGUUCUAACUUACAGCUUUGGUGUAAUCGACUGGGUUCUGAAAAAGUAUGAUAGGAAAACAAGAAAACUGCUUUAUACUCAUCAACUGAUAUGCAAGAAACAUUGUUUGGCAUGAAUGUAUAUCCCUUGGGCUGGAUGAGGCAUGGACCUCCUUGAAAUUCGCCCCAUGUAUAAAUUGUUGUUUGAGGAUAGCAUAUAAAGUUAUUAACAUCA